CUUCCGUGGGCUGUCCGAAGCAUCUGGAUCAUCCAAAUCAUUAUUUUACCAAGUAAAUACUAAGUGAUAAAUGUGGAUCUAGUGGAUUAAUGACAUAAAGUCGGCCCUUCAAACUGUGCAACAGUUGCACAGGUAGUAGUUUCCAUACCUGUCCAAGAGGAACGUUGCCAAUUCCGCGUCGAACUUUAUCCUCUUCUUCAGUAAUAAUUCUCGCCAUCUUGGGAAAGCGCUUCCAAUGUUGAUUCUUGUUUUACUGCGCUUCUGGUCGUGAAGUCGUUUGGAAGCACAGCGUGGUUUUUUGCCUUCAGUACAAGAAUCUCCCAGCGUUGGACCCUUCGUGGACUCCGCCAUGUUUUCAUUUCCUUUUGAGAUGUGAAUCCCAGUCUCCAUGGUCACUGGUUUCAAAAUAAAAGUCUUUAUAAUGUUGCGUGGCCGCCGUCUAAUGGACUGCAGUGUGGAUACAGAGUCCAGUUCAGCUCAAUAAAGUUAAUCAAUUCAACUCACUACAGAAACCCUAAGAUGUCCCAUUAUUAUUAUGUUUCUUUCCUUCUGUUCUUGUGAUUUCAAAUUAAUUUUCUUGUGAUAUCGAUGUAACAAAAUUGUUUUCUCGUGAUCACCAGGAUUUUUCUGUGUACUCAACAUAACAUUUUGUUUUUAUUGUUCUGGAGGUAACAAAAGUUUAGCGCAAUUCCGGAGGAUCGUGGAUGAAUAAAUUAAUUUUUACUUUAAUCAUGGACUUGCUUGAGCUGAAAUAGCGCCUUGUAUGACAGUGUAACGGUCAAGACUGGCUGAAAACCUUUUUUACUUAUAUGUUUAGUCAUUUGGGACACAUUUUCCCUUGGAUUACAUCAAGUCCAUGCCGCUGGACUCAUGUUCAUAUCAUGCAAUUUGCACUGUUUUCAUACUAUCCCAGAUAGCAUCUGGACGUGGGCCACUUCAGGCAGUGAUGCGGCACUGCUGGCCUUCUUUUUGCCCGGACAAAAUGGAUAUGAGCCUGAAGUGACCCACAUAGCCCAAAUAUCCCAAAUCACAAGUGGGCCAUUUUAGGCAAAGAUGUGGUGCUCACGGCAAUGUGUAUGUGACCCUAAAGUGGCCCAUGUGGUAAAUAGUGAGUAUGGCCCAAAUAUCACAAAACAAAUGUGGGCCACCUUUGGUAAAAAUGUGGCACAUGCGGCAUUGCUGCGGCUUUCUUAUGGCCCAAAUCUGGCAAAGAGGAGCGGACCGCCCAAGUGCCAUCAUUCCACGGGGUAUGUGGGCCGGAUCUGGGCCACAGCAAUUUCACUAUCUGGGAUAUCAUUUGCACAUGUAAUUUUUGAUUGGAUUUUCAUGGGUGUGCCACAGGGAACAGACAUGCUGUCAUCCAAGACUAAACAUAAGGACUUUGUUCAGAAGCUGACUUACUAGAAAGGCCACAGGACUUUCUAGUGAAAUAAAUUUUAUACACGAUGCUGGAAAAACCUAAACCUGAACUCACACCAAGUCGUGAAGGAGCUGUACUGAAAGGAAACUCAGUGACUCUGUCCUGUACACUGAAGCUGCAGUCUGCUGGAUGGAAGUUUUACUGGAUCAAACCUACACAGAGCACUGAGACUGAGACUGAAACAGACUCCUACAUCUUCAGAUCAGUUAGAGACUCUGAUGGAGGUCAGUACAGGUGCAGAGCUGGAAGAGGAAAUCCAGUGUACUACACACACUACAGUGAUGCACUCUGGGUAAAUGUUACUGAUUUGUCUGCGAGCCAGAUGCAGCCAUUAAAAGAGCCACAUCUGGCUCGCGAGCCAUUGCUUAUUUCACUUAUCCGAGUCGGACAAGCUCAAGCAGUGAUUAAACCAGUUCUGUCUGUGGAGCCGAAUUCACCUCAAAUAUUCAGAGGAGAGACGGUUACACUCACAUGUAGUAUUUCGGGAUGGAGUGGACCGUACUGCUGGAACAAAGAUCGUGUUUAUAGUCACAGAUCUGCUGAAAAUUACUACACUAUAAAAGUAGAUCAGAGUCACAAAUACAGCUGUUACGGGUCUAUUGAUGGACGGUCAACGCUACUGAGUAAUGAAGUGACUCUCUCAGUGAUAGAGAGACCAAAAGCCGUUCUGACUCUGCAGCCUGAUGGACAGAUAUUCAGUGGACAGGAAGUCACUUUCACAUGUGAAAUACGAGGACAUGCAGACACUGAGUGGAUGUACAACUGGAAUAAAGAUGGUGUCCAAAUAUCCUCCUACACUGAGAACAGUAAAUAUUCAUUCACUCCUGUAGAGUCUCUCAGCGCUAAAUACACCUGCAGCGGACGGAGAAGAAGCGACUCUCAGACCUCAGAGACCAGCAACACUGUUACACUCACUGUGUCAGAAAAACCCAAACCGACUGUGAGAGUGAAUCCUCAGAGCUCCGUCUACACUGGAGACAGAGUUACUCUGAACUGUAAUCUGCUGUCUAAUGGAUGGACUUUUCUCUGGUAUAAAGAUCGAGUCCAAGUAGCUGAAGACACCAACAUACUUCAUGAUACAGUCUCUAAUGCAGGAGAAACAGUGUAUCAGUGUAAAGCACGCAGAGGAAACUACGACUCAGAGCUCAGUGAUCCAGUUACAGUUACAGUUAGAGCGCUCCCAAAACCUGUGGUGUCCAUAAAUCCUGAUGAACAGGUGUACAGAGGAGAGACUGUCACUCUCAGAUGUGACCUACAGGAUGAAGAGGACUCUGACUGGAUCUACAGCUGGAAUAAAGAUGGUUCUGGUGUCAGUAGUGAACAGGAGUACAGAAUCAGUAGUGCUGAAACAUCUCAUGCAGGUAAAUACACCUGUAGAGGAAGAGAGAGAGGAGGCUCACACUCCUCACACACCAGUGAUGCUGUUACACUGACUGUAUCAGAAAAACCUAAACCUGAACCCACACCAAGUCGUGAAGGAGCUGUACUGAAAGGAAACUCCGUGACUCUGUCCUGUACACUGAAGCUGCAGUCUGCUGGAUGGAAGUUUUACUGGAUCAAACCCACACAGAGCACUGAGACUGAGACUGAAACAGACUACUACGUCAUCAGCUCCGUUAGAGUCUCUGAUGGAGGUCAGUACAGGUGCAAAGCUGGAAGAGGAAACCCAGUCUACUACACACACUACAGUGAUGCACUCUGGGUAAAUGUUACUGAGAGACCAAAAGCCGUUCUGACUCUGCAGGCUGAUGGACAGAUAUUCAGUGGACAGGAAGUCACUUUCACAUGUGAAAUACGAGGACAUGCAGACACUGAGUGGAUGUACAACUGGUAUAAAGAUGGUGUCCAAAUAUCCUCCUACACUGAGAACAGGAAAUAUUCAUUCACUCCUGUAGAGUCUCUCAGCACUAAAUACACCUGCAGCGGACGGAGAAGAAGCGACUCUCAGACCUCAGAGACCAGCAACACUGUUACACUCACUGUGUCAGGUGUGUGUGUGUGUGCGUGCGUGCGUGCGCGCGCAUGUGUGUGUGUGUGUGUGUGUGUGUACAGAGGAGAGACUGUCACUCUCAGAUGUGACCUACAGGAUGAAGAGGACUCUGACUGGAUCUACAGCUGGAAUAAAGAUGGUUCUGGUGUCAGUAGUGAACAGGAGUACAGAAUCAGUAGUGCUGAAACAUCUCAUGCAGAAAAACCUAAACCUGAACUCACACCAAGUCGUGAAGGAGCUGUACUGAAAGGAAACUCCGUGACUCUGUCCUGUACACUGAAGCUGCAGUCUGCUGGAUGGAAGUUUUACUGGAUCAAACCCACACAGAGCACUGAGACUGAGACUGAGACUGAAACAGACUACUACAACAUCAGCUCCGUUAGAGUCUCUGAUGGAGAGAAACGCUUGUAUAUGGCUAAAGAAACAUAUUAA